AUGUAUUCAUCUUCAAUUUCAAGAUCAGAUGUUCAUAAGAAAAGAUCCAAAUCCACGUCAACAUCUCAGUUGACAAGAAGCAGCAAGAAAAGUAGUAUUGAAUCUAAAUUCUUAAUUCCUAAUCACCUGCAGAAAAAAGAAAAUGGAAAUUCUAGAAGUACAACUGGUUUGGACAUGCUUCUUAGUCAAAAUAAUGAACAAAAGCAAGUUGUUGAAAGGCGAGAUCCGUACACUCAGGAAAUUUUUGAUCGAGUUUUUUCCGGAAAGCUCAGUAAUAUUCCAAAGCCUCAGAGCAAACUUGUCAGAGUUUUUACAAGCUCUACGUUCACCGAUACAACUGUAGAACGAAACGCGCUAAUGGAGGAGAUUUAUCCAAAGCUUAAGGAAUACUGCCGUGAGACUUAUGGUCUGGAUUUUCAGGUUGUCGAUAUGAGAUGGGGAGUCCGAGACGAAUCAACCGACGAUCAUAUGACCACUAAACUUUGCUUGUCUGAAAUUGCCAACUGUCAACGACUUUCAGUUGGCGCCAAUUUUGUGGUUUUUCUUUGCCAAAAAUAUGGAUACCGACCUAUUCCGUCAGAAAUCCUUUCUACAGAACUAGAAAUGCUGAAGAGAACUUUACGAGAGGAGCAUGAAGACAUUUCACUAUUAGACAAUUGGUAUAUUGAAGACUCGAACUCUGUUCCGCCUAUGUUUGUUCUACAGCAAAUUAGUAGUAUUCUAGUAAACUUUAAUAACAAGAGAAUUCCAAAACUUCAAGAACAAGAUGCAAAGCAGUGGUGGGAGUGUGAAGCGAAAAUGCAGCAACUGUUGAGAAAGGGCGCAAGAAGUUGUUAUGAGAAAGGAUUUUUAGAUCGUGAAGCAAUGCAUAAUUAUUUCAUGUCUGUGACGGAAAGAGAAGUUGUGCACGGAAUAUUAAAAGUUAAAAAUCCGAAUGAGCAUUGUUUGUGUUACAUUCGACACAUCAACAAUAUUGCUUUGUCACAAAUGAAGACAGCUUCCAAAUUUGUGGAUAUUGCACACAAUCAUGUAAACUCUGAAGCUCAAAAACUCCUUGCAAAUCUUCGUGAUGAAAGAGUCCCUGCCAAGUUGGCAAUGCAAAAUAUCAGACGAUCAACUGUGGAAUGGGUUGGAAGAGAUGGAAUCGACGUUCAAUAUCACGCUGAAUACAUUCGUCAAUUUUGUACGGACUUUUAUAAAAGUAUCACCUCAAUGGUCGAUAACGCAAUGGAAAAGCACGCGAGGUUUCGAGAUCAACUAUUCACAGAAGUCCUAACCCAUUUAACAACUGGAAUCACCGUCUCCAAUAUGUUUUUCGGAAGAAAUGAACAACUGGAUUGUGCCAAACAAUAUGUUCUCGGGAAUUCAACACUUCCUAUUAUUCUUCAAGGAGAAAAUGGGUGUGGGAAGACAUCUCUGAUGGCUAAAAUUGCAACUAAGAUCAGGGAAUGGUAUGAUAAUUCCUGCGAGCCAGUGGUUCUAUUGAGAUUCUUGGGGACGAGUCCGGAUAGUUCAAAUAUUGCCCCACUCCUCACAAGUGUCUGUGAUCAGAUUGCAUCAAACUACGACGAAUCGCUCAAAAAUUCUUCCCCAACUGAGUUAUCAAAACUCUUCCAACAUUUCAAAAAGAUAACCAACCUUGCCACUCGCGAAAAACCACUAGUAAUAAUUUUUGACAGUCUUGAUCUUUUAUCAAGAAUCGAUGGAGCUCAUGAACUUCUUUGGUUUCCCCCUUCUUUACCUCCAUUUGUCAAAUUAUUCGCAUCCCUCACGCCGGGUGGAAGUCUGAUUUACUCGAAAAUGCAACGACUAAUUGAAGACAAAAGACAGUAUCUGAUGGUUCCAAGUUUGGGAAAAGAUCUUGGAUUUCAAGUUGUUCGAGAAUGGUUGUCUGACAAAGGCCGUACACUUUCUGAAAGACAAUGGAAUACGGUAUCUAAGGCACUUGAUAAAUGUACAUUGCCUCUUUUUGUGAAAUUAAUUUAUGCAACUGUAGCAAGAUGGAAGUCAUACUCUCGACCGCAAGAGACGAUACUUUUCUCAUCGUUACAAGAAAGUAUCAACGUUUUAUUUCAUAGAACCGAGAGUCAGCAUGGAAAACUACUCGUAUCCCAUGCUUUAUCCUACAUUUCUGCUGCUCGCUCUGGAAUCAGUGACUCUGAAGUAGAGGAUUUGAUCUCUCUCGACGACAAAGUACUCGAUGAUAUUUUUCAAUACCAUCUUCCCCCGGUGAGAAGGAUUCCACCUUUGUUAUGGAGUCGUAUCAGAUCCGACCUUCCUGGUUACCUAUCGGAAAGAGCUGCUGAUGGAGUCAUUGUUCUAAAUUGGUACCAUCAACAGUUCCGACAAGUUGCGAUUGAAAGAUAUUUCAAAAAUGUGAACCAUUUGGAGACUUGUCAUUCUGCAAUGGCGGAAUAUUUUCUUGGAGUAUGGGGUGGAGUACCAAAGCCUUAUCAAUACACUGAAAUGCAGAAACAAAGAUUUGGAGUCACUGAAAAUGAAGGACUGGCUGACAGAAAAGUACCGAAACAGCCGAAUGUAUUUUCUUCGAAAGAUGGAAACCAUAGGUACAACACAAGAAAAUUGAACGAACUACCGUAUCACCUUCUGAGAUCCGGAAGAGUCGAUGAACUGUUGACACUCUGUCUUUUUGAUUACGAGUUUUUGCAUGCAAAGGUAUCAAGUUUUCCAUUGCAAUCUCUUAUUGCCGAUUAUGAAGAUGCUAUUCAAAAUGUUCGAGAUGUCGAGAUAUCUCGUCAACUUUCUCUCGCAGUAGACGCUUUAAGACUUUCAGCGAGUAUAUUGAGCCGCAACCCGUCCAUGCUAGCCUUCGAGCUUCUUGGACGACUUCUACCUCUUGUCGCCACUAACAAAUACGUCAGCAAGCUCCUUAUCAAAUGUGACAAAGAAGGUCCCCAACACAAUUCGUUUGUACCGGCUCACCAUUGUUUCCACGCCCCGGGAGGCCCUCUCAAGUUUUCGCUAGAAGAACAUCAGUUUGCUGUUUUUGGAAUGCAAUUGACCUCUGAUCGGAAGCUUCUGGUAUCAACAUCAACUCAGAUUAUUGUCUGGGAUGUGUCUACAGGAGAUAUUGCUCGAGUUGUUAAUCCAAAUAUCGAUGGAGUCUUCUUCGGACUGGCUGUAUCAGAAAAUGAUAAAUUUGCCGCUGCCUACACAAAUAACAAUCAAGUUAUUGUUGCUUCAUUAGUUACGGGGGAAUUUACUGCAAUUGAUCCAGAACCAUUCGUGACACAGAUGGAACUACAAGCGAUUCGAUUCGUUGGCAACAAUAAUGUGUUAAUGUGGUCCAAAUCCCAUUACAUGAUCUACACAGUUAAUGGGAAUCUUGUGAGCCAAGGAUCUGAAAGUGAAGGAGAACAUAAUAACAUUGUUCACAUAUUCUACCGGGAUGCCUUGAACAUGAUGUUCUUGCUCUGGACAGGCGAGAGAGAUGAGUGGAAGCUUGUUCUCAAAGGAUCUAUAAAUGACGAAAAAACACAAUCAAAAGGAAAAAUAGCCAACUUUUCAUGCGAAGCAGCCAUCACUUUCAGUGAUAAUUAUUUCAGAAAGGGAUUUGCCUGCAUUGUACAUAAAAGUAGUCUCGAUCCAGAUGGUGAUCACAACUUUGCAUUGGUUCAAAUUGAGCUUAAUGAUUCAAAGUAUACAACAAGUGAGAUUAUUCACGAAGGAUUACCAAAUCGCAUAAAUGACAUAAAGAUUUUCGAACGAAAUUGCGGCAGCAGCCAGAGUCAAAGUCAGAAUCCGUGGAUUGUCGGAGUGAUGAUAGAUAGUUUCCUACUGUAUCGAGAGAAUUGUGAAUUCAAGCCCAUUUUCCUGAAGCUACCUUUAAACGUCCGAAACAUUCCGAUCCGUCCACGCCACACUACAACUGCCGUCACGUUCGCUUCACAUGACACCGUUUUUGUCGCAGGAGUAAGAAAACAUUUAUUCUUAUGGAAUGUAUCUACCACAGAACUUCUCCGAUCUCUUGACGCUCAUUUCGGUCGAAUUUUGAAUCUAGACUCUGUUAGCCAUCAAGGUCAGAAUAUUCUCAUCUCGUCAUCUUUGGAUCAUACGAUUAAAAUUUGGAAUAUGGAGAAUAUAUUCGAAAAGUCGUUUCCUGUGUCUACAAUGGAACAAUCGAUUGAAAAAAUAUCUGUGGCAAAGGAUAAUCCAACUUUAGCAGCUGUACAGACUAGAAAGAACAUCGGAAUUUGGGAUAUUAAGUCUCAUAGAUAUAUUGCUUCGUUAGUAGCCAAUGUUCAUGGAGCUGUAGUAUCUGAUUCCUUGCUCUCAGCUGAUGGAAGAACAAUUGUGGCAAUCGAGUCUGAUCAGCUUCUUCUUUGGGAUCUCAGAACUCAAUCUGUAAUUCAUUCUGUGCAUGCUCCGAAUGUAUUCCAAAUUUUCUAUAUGAAUAAGGAGGCAUUGAUAGGUGUGAUCUACCGACAAGUAGACUCGGCGGAGCAGAAAAUCGCAAGACUUACCAUCUACAGUAUCACUGAUUUCAGUGUCCAGUACAGUUUUGAAUACCCAUGCAGGCUUUUCAAGGAGUGUGCUGUGAUGAGGGAUGGAAUUACUGGAGUGGUAAUUACACUUUUCAAGGGACACGAUAGUCUUUUGGUUUUUGAUGCAGUUGAGAAGACGCAAAAGAUCAAGUUUCGGCCGAGGCAGUCGAAAAAGCAGAAAGACGUGAUGAUUAAUAAAAUUAUUGCGAUGCCAUCCAACAGUAAUCAGAUAAUAGUCGUAGAAAGUGACAAUAAAUCAAGCGUCUGGGAUAUUCGAGUCAGAAAAUUCCAUCGAUCCCUCACUCAAUUCAACGGAGUUGUGUCGAAUGACGGAAAAUUGGGAUUAUUUGCACCUGCAAAAGGCGGUCUUUUUGUAAUCGAUAUGCGGAGCGGUCAAGUUGCAAAAACUCUAAUCGGAAAUGUGACAGAAGGAGUGAACGAUGUUACUUGCUCAUUUUCUCCGAAUGCUCAAUACGUGUUCUACAAUCACAGUGGACAUAAAACAUUGAGAGUUUUCCGAGUCCUCGAUUGUCAAUUAAUUGGAACUUUCCGGCCUCAUGCCACGAUAACCUGUUGGAGUUACGAUCCAGAUGGAUUUUUCGUUAUUAUUGGUGCACAAGAUGGAUCCCUUCUCACAGUUGUUCUCAAUGAUCCGAUGGUAAAAGAAGAAACUCUCAACAAAAUCGCCCUUCUCCCUUGUCGACGUCACCUUGCAGAAUUUCAGCAUAUUCAUGUUCCAGAGGAAGCCGAAUUGGACACAUUUGAUUUGAGAAAUCUGGGAGCCGUCACCGCCGCGGUUACCCGCUUCAAAUCUCUAUUGGAUAACAAAAAAGGAGGAGGGGUUACAAAGAAGUCACAUGUGUGCAGUAUAAUGUGA